UCAGAGCACUUCAAGACGACGUCGCAGAAGGUGGCCCGGCGCUACUGGUGGAAGAACAUGAAGCUGCUGAUCAUCCUCGGCAUCGUGGGCACCAUCAUCCUCGUCCUCAUCAUCCUCCUGGCCACCGGCGUCAUCCCCACAUAG